AUGACAGAUAAUCAAAUCCCGAUUCUGGCAAAAGAUGGGCCCUCGACUUAUCAGCACCCGCUGCAGAAGCUCAAGCGUGUGCACUGGUGGAUUCUGGUCGUCCUCAACAUAACAUUCCUUCUCGUGGGCCAAGCGGCUGCUGUCCUCUUGGGUAGAUUUUAUUACGACAAAGGUGGAAACAGUAAAUGGAUGGCCACUUUAGUCCAGACUGCCGCUUUCCCCGUUCUCCUCGUCCCCUACUUUUUCCUCCGUGACGAGCCUGAGCCUCCGUCGGCCCCACCUUCCUUGCUCAUUUUAACUGCAAUCUACAUCGUGAUUGGGGCUGUGGUUGCUGGUGACAACAUGCUCUACUCUGUUGCCCUCUUAUACCUCUCGGCCUCCACUUACUCUCUCAUCUGUGCCACCCAGCUGGCCUUCAACGCCAUCUUCUCCUUCUUCAUCAACCGCCAGAAGUUCACUGCCCUCAUAUUCAACUCGGUGGUCAUCCUCACUUUGUCGGCCGCACUUCUUGCCAUCAACGAGGACUCGGACAGGCCUUUCGGGGUCACCACCCGCAAAUACAUAACUGGGAUCAUCACAGCCGUUGCUGCCAGUGCCCUCUAUUCUCUCUUGCUGUCGGUAAUGCAGCUGACAUUCGAAAAGGUCCUCAAGAAGGAGACUUUCGGGGUCGUUCUUGAAAUGCAGAUGUACACUGCGGUUGUGGCGACAUGUGUGGCGGUCGUGGGUCUGUUUGCGAGCGGGGAAUGGAGGACUCUCAGGGGCGAAAUGGGUAGUUUUACGAGCGGCAGGUUCUCGUACGUGAUGACGCUCGUUUGCACGGCAGUGUCGUGGCAGGUCUGCUCGGUGGGGGUCGUGGGCUUGAUCUUCGUGGUGUCGUCACUUUUCUCUAAUGUCAUUAGUACUCUCUCGCUGGCCGUGACGCCGAUAGCAUCGUUGGUCGUUUUCCAUGAUAACAUGAAUGGCGUGAAGAUUGUUGCCAUGUUGAUGGCGUUUUGGGGAUUUGCAUCUUACGUUUAUCAGAAUUAUCUUGACGAUCUCGAGUUGAGAAAGAAUACGAGGGGUGGUGAUGACAAUUUGUGCUGUGCUGUGCUGUGCUGCACUACCUCACAAGAAUACGAUAAUAAUAUCACAAUCUCCACAGGCAUUAUGGGCACUGUUGUUGAUGCUGUAAACAAGGAAGUCAAUGGAAGCUCACACAAAGACAAGAAGGUGACUGUUGUUUUUGUUCUAGGUGGGCCAGGCAGUGGUAAGGGCACUCAAUGUGCAAAUAUUGUUGAAAAUUUUGGUUAUACUCAUCUCAGUGCGGGUGAUCUUCUCCGAGCCGAGAUGAAAUCUGGUUCUGAAAACGGGACCAUGAUUCAGAAUAUGAUUAAGGAUGGAAAAAUUGUGCCUUCAGAGGUAACAAUUAAGCUUCUCCAACGAGCAAUAGAGGAAAAGGACAAUGAUAAGUUUCUCAUUGACGGUUUUCCUCGCAAUGAGGAAAACCGUGCAGCAUUUGAGUCUGUAACUGGAAUUGUGCCAGAAUUUAUACUCUUCUUUGAUUGUCCAGAGGAGGAAAUGGAGAGGCGUCUGUUAAGUAGGAACCAGGGGAGAGAAGACGAUAACAUAGAGACAAUAAGGAAGAGAUUUAAGGUGUACAUGGAGUCUACUCUCCCUGUUAUUGAAUAUUACAAUGCUAAAGGGAAGGUCCGCAAGAUAAAUGCUGCAAAACCAGUUGAAGAAGUAUUUGAGGCUGUAAAAGCAGUUUUCUCCUCACCCGUUGGCAAGGCUGCUGCUUAA